AGAGAGAGAGAGAGAGAGAGGCGAUAAUUUCAAUAUACCCAAGUCGAAUUACAUGCAUUUCUCAACCUCAAACCUUGCAUUUCUCCCAUGGCUCAUCUUCUUCUUCAUCAAUCUUUUCCCACUUUCACACUCCGAUCCGAGAAUCUCAGAGGCUGGCCUCCUCUGUGACCACAACCGACCACCACCAAACACCAGCUACAUCCCAAUCUUUGUCAAAGAAAUGCAAGUUCUAUCAAAACUCGUCACGGCCAACGACUGGGGUAAGUACCACGUAUUCAAUUCAACACCACCCAUAUACGCCUUAGCCCAAUGCUUCCAAGACCUAUCUCACACCGACUGCCUUCUUUGCUACGCCGCGAGUCGAACGAGACUACCCCGUUGCCUCCCUUCUGUCUCAGCUCGUAUAUAUCUUGAUGGGUGUUUCCUACGUUACGAUAACCAUAGUUUCUACAACGAAAGCACCGACCCAGUUCGAGAUAGAGUGAAUUGCAGCAGUUCAUUGGGUAAAUUGGACAGAAAUGAAGCGGCGACGUUGAAAUUUGAGAAGGGUAUUGGAGAGUUGAUCGACAACGUGACUGAAUCUGCGGUGUUGAAUGGAGGCUUCGGAGUCUCGGCAAUGAAGGGGGUUUAUGGUUUGGCACAGUGCUGGAAGACUGUGAGCAAAGAGGGGUGUAGAGAGUGUUUAGAGAAGGCGGGUAAGGACGUUAAAGGGUGUUUUCCGAGCAGGGAAGGGAGGGCAUUGAAUGCUGGUUGUUACUUCAGAUAUUCCACCAAAAAGUUCUUCAGCAGUGAGGCUGAGAAACUGAAGAAACAUUCAGGGGUCUCUAAAAUAGGGGUCACUCUAGCUAUUGCUUUGGCUGCUGCGGCCUUCUUCAUGGUAUCACUCUUUGCUGCUUAUGCAGCCUAUGUUAGAAUGUCAAAGAAAAAAGAACGGAGUAAUCUCCGCCAAAUUUCAAAUUCAUUCAACAGAUCGGGUUUGAAUUUCAAAUACGAAACACUCGAGAAGGCAACGGAUUUUUUUGCUCCUUCAAAGAAAAUAGGCCAAGGAGGAGCUGGUUCUGUAUAUGUGGGGACUCUCCCAAAUGGCACAACUGUUGCUGUAAAGAGAUUGUUUUUCCAUACUAGGCAAUGGGUAGAUGAGUUUUUCAACGAAGUGAACAUAAUCAGUGGAGUUCAACACAGGAACCUUGUGAAGCUUUUGGGUUGUAGCAUUGAAGGUCCUGAGAGCCUCCUGGUCUAUGAGUAUUUUCCCAACAAGAGCCUUGAUCAGUUUCUUUUCGAUAAAGAAAACAUUCAAAUCUUAAACUGGAAGCAGCGGAUAGACAUUAUAGUUGGAACAGCUGAAGGGCUUGCCUAUCUUCAUGGAGGUGCUGAACAAAGAAUUAUCCAUAGAGACAUUAAGAGCAGCAACAUUCUUCUUGAUGAGUGUCUCGCCCCAAAGAUUGCUGAUUUUGGACUUGCUCGGUGUUUUGCAGCUGAUAAGACUCAUCUCAGCACUGGGAUUGCCGGGACUCUAGGGUACAUGGCUCCCGAAUAUAUUGUCCGUGGACAACUUACAGAAAAGGCUGAUGUCUAUAGUUUUGGAGUGCUAGUUCUUGAGAUCGUAUGUGGCAAAAGGAAUAAUGCCUUCAUAGAAGACUCGACUUCCGUUUUACAAACAGUUUGGAAGCUUUACAAAACAGAUAAAUUGGCUGAAUCAGUUGACCCUUGCCUAAAAGAUGAUUUUCCAGCAAAAGAGGUAUGCAAGGUGCUUCAAAUUGGACUUUUGUGCACACAAGCUUCAGCUGCCCUAAGACCAUCCAUGGAUGAAGUUGUUCAAAUGCUGGCUAAUGAAGACUCUGAAAUUCCCAUGCCCAAUCAACCUCCUUUUUUGAGUACUAAAUCACUUGAUCCAACCAGCUCCACUGGCUCUUACAGCAUCUACACUUCAAUAUCAAAUGCCUUGACAAAAAUUGAGGUCUCAUCCACUUAUACAGGGUCCUCUAGUAUUGUGAGUUCAGAUGGGCCAUCAUGUAGUGAAGAGUAGAACUAGUAAUAUAUAUAUAUAUAUAUAUAGAGGUUCAAAAUUUUCUAGUAAAUGAGUGUAACCAUGUAACCAUAACAGAAUCGAAUCGAUUGCCUUGUACAGGUAGAAGUUUUGGAGGAAGACUUGCAUGAUCUUAAGGAUCCAAAAAGAGGAAUUUGUUGGUCAAUGAGUGACAGAGAAAUCCCAGGCCUAUUCUUGGCGAGAUAAAGGCUAUUUGAUCGCUCAAACUUGUGAGUUCGAGUAGAAUCCAUGACAAACCCCUUGGUGUAUGAACCGAUCUUUAAAUCAACACAUUAGUUAGAUCAGGACUUACAUUUUGAUUCGCCAAGUUAUUGAGAUUUCUCUUAUUGACCAAUCAAACGUUUUGUCGUUCAGUGACUUUGAACUCUUAACUUUAUAUAAGUCAAGCUUUCAAAAAAUAAAAGGUAUUAUUAAACCAAAAAUCUGUUAAUACUUGC